GGCUGUUUGUCCGGAUCAGCAGCACCAGCUGAGUUCCGUACAUGGCGUUCCACGUGAAGGUCGCCAACAGGAAGUAGUGAAGAAGCGCCGCCACUGCCGUACACGAACCAUGAUCCGGCUCUACGUAUUCAUCGGAGCGAGGGAUGAUGUUGGGUUGGUCGAGCUCCACCGGAGGGGCGGAGUCGGAGUUAUUGACGCCGGAGAGGAAGGUGAUGAUGAAGGGGGCGCUGCUCCUGGUCUAAUCAUUACCAUGUGACCGUCUUAGUGGUCAGAGUUCAACCUGACCGGCUCAGUCCUCGUCCAAACGUCCCACCGUCAUCGCGCCAUGGCCCGGCUCGUCGAGUGCGUCCCAAACUUCUCCGAAGGCCGCGACAAACAGGUCAUCGAUGCCAUCGCCUCCUCCAUCUCGUCCACGUCCGGCUGCAGCCUCCUGGACGUGGACCCCGGGGCCUCCACCAACCGGACCGUCUACACCUUCGUGGGCUCCCCGGAGGCGGUGGUGGAGGGGGCCCUGAACGCAGCGCGGCAGGCCUUCGGCCUCAUCGACAUGAGCAAACACUCAGGUGAACACCCGCGGACCGGAGCCAUGGACGUGUGCCCCUUCAUCCCGGUCCAGAACGUCAGCAUGGACGACUGCGUCCGCUGCGCCGACAUCUUCGCUCAGAGAUUGGCCGACAUGCUGCACGUGCCCGUGUAUCUGUACGGAGAAGCAGCUCGAAUGGAGUGGAGGAGGAGUCUGCCCGCCGUCAGAGCCGGAGAGUACGAAGCUCUGCCGGAAAAGUUGAAGGAGGACAAAUGGAGACCGGACUUUGGCCCCGCCCACUUUGUACCGUCAUGGGGCGCCACGGUAACCGGCGCCCGCAAGUUCCUCAUCGCCUACAACGUGAACCUGAUCGGCACCAAAGAGCAGGCUCACCGCAUCGCUCUGGACAUCAGGGAGCAGGGGCGUGGCAAAGACCAGCCCGGGCUGCUGAAGAAGGUGCAGGGGAUGGGCUGGUACCUGGACGAGGCCAACGUGGCUCAGGUGUCCACCAACAUCCUGGACUACGAGCAGACGCCGCUGCACACCGUCUACGAGGAGAUCUGCCGCGACGCAGAGGAGCUGAACCUGCCCGUGGUGGGCUCUCAGAUCGUGGGUCUCAUUCCCAUCAAGGCCCUUCUGGACUCGGCCGACUUCUACAUCAACAGGGACCGUCUGUUCAUAGUGGAGGAGGAGCAUAAAGUCCGACUGGUGAUCAGUAAACUGGGUCUGGAUUCUCUGGGUCCGUUCAAGCCCAGUGAGAGGAUCAUAGAGUACAUGGUCCGGCCACAGGAGGGCGCCGGUCUGGUCCAUCUGUCCGUCAGCCAGUUUGUGUCCAGCGUGGCCGCUCGGACGGCGGCGCCCGGCGGAGGCUCUGUGUCGGCGACCAUCGCUGCUCUGGGGGCAGCGCUGGGCGCCAUGGUGGGCCAGAUGACUUAUGGGAAGAGGCAGUUUGAGAACGUGGACGGUGUGAUGAGGCGUCUGAUCCCACCCUUUCACCACGCCGCCAAGGAGCUGCUGGACAUGGUGGACGCCGACUCCACGGCCUUCAACGGCUACAUGGCGGCGCUGAAGAUGCCCAAGGACACGCCACAGGAAAUGAGCAGGCGACAGGCGGCGAUGCAGGAGGGUCUGAAGGGCGCCGUGGGCGUUCCGUUGGCUCUGGCCCAGAAGGUCAACGCCCUGUGGUCACCGCUGCGAGAGAUGGUCGUCUACGGCAACGUGGCCUGCAAAUCAGACGCUCAGGUGGCGGCCAAAGCCCUGGAGACGGCGGUGUUCGGCGCCUACUACAACGUCAUCAUCAACCUGAAGGACAUCAGCGACGACGCCUUCAAAGCUGCGACGCAGAGGACCGCGUCGGCGCUGCUGCAGGAGGCGAAGGAGAACGCCGCUGCUGUCCUCGCCGCCGCCGAGCAGAGGAGCUGAUCCACAGGACGUCGAAUGGAGUCAUUUUACUGAGUCGUCCACAAAAACCAAGUUAAUGUUCUGACCUGAAGUCUGCGUUUGACUGGACAAAUGUUACAGAGGGCGCUGCUGAAACAGACAGAAGCCCCUCCCACAACGUUCAGUUAUGGGCUCUGUGCACAGCUGCACCACUGCCUGAACUGAAGGAGGAGCCUUUAGUUCCUGUCUUUCAUGUUUGGACUCAGGGUUUAGUCCAGGUGCGUCUGACCACAGUCGCAGACCCACCUGGACUAAAGCCUGUGUCUGAUAAUGACGUACAGACGCUGCCUUAAAGCUGCACAUGACUGGAGUCACUGAGGUUUCAUCCAGUCUGUCAGACCCAGGAUCAGGACUCCAUACGUCCUUCUGUUUUCACUCUGUGACCAUUUCAACACAUCCUCCAUAAACACUCCAUUUGUUUACAGAGCCGGUAGGUAACGGGGGUAUUUUUUCAGAAAUUCAUCAUGAUGUGCAUUAUGGGAAGUGGAGUUCCACGCAGCAGCAAUGAAACGGUUUCCCACAAUGCACACCGCGACAAAUCUGCAAAAAUGUCUGACUUACCUGUUCUGUCUGUAAACAAAUGGAGCGUUUAUGGUGGAGGACAUGUUCAGAUGGUUCACUGUGA